AUGUCAUCCCAGUUGAAGUUUGUGUCACAAUCCGAGUUGGCGCUUGAUGCGCGUCGCGAACAUCGGAUCAAUGCCAACUCAUUCCAGCAAGACGCGUUGACGACCUUUAACGGGUGGCAGUACGCCUGUUUUUACAGUCACAAAGAUGCGACAAGCAACGUUCUCUUCGUCAGCAUCGCCAGACGGCCCAUCCGAGACUCAGUAGGCGAAUGGCAGACAUUGACGUUCAAGGACUAUGAGCAAACGGCGGAUGAUGGACACAACACAAUCUCAAUCGGUGUGUGCGCCGGCGAUGGAACCAUCCACGUCGCGUUUGACCACCACUGUGACCCACUGCACUUUCGAAUGUCAGUACCGGGCGUCGCCACGAACCCUGAAGCACACAGAUGGGAGCCAUCACUGUUCAGUCCGACACAUAAUCAACUGCCGGGAUAUACUCGGACAGGUCAGCUGGCGAUUGAAAAGAUUUUCCUCGAAACGACCUACCCACGGUUCAUACGCGUCGAUGACGAUCUGCUGCUGAGCUAUCGAAUUGGCAUAGCCGGUGCAGGGUCGGAUCACCUCUUCAAGUACAACAAUAAGAGCACGUCUUACUCUUACAUCGGCCAAUUUCUCACAGGCGUCAAGAACAACCCCUACAUCAACGGCAUCUCUUACGCCAACGGCCGACUGCAUGUCUCGGGGACAUACAGGGGCUUCGUCUGGUACGAGGGCGUCGACGAUCCGGAAGCGAGACUCCAUACGGUGCAAGCAGGACCGAAUGGGCCGGAGAACAACUACAACCUAUUCUACGUCUCGAGCGACGACCUGGGUAAAACGUUCAACAACACCAAGGGCGAGCGCCUGGCGAAUCUGGAGGUCGGAGAGACGGUGUUCCCAGACGCGGAUGGGCUGACCAUCUUCGACAUCCCGCAGAACAGCGGCAUUCUGAAUCAGGAGGCACAGGCGGCCGACGAGGACGGCGGCUUCCAUGUCCUCAAUCGAGAAAACGAAGUCUGGAUGCACUACUACCGCAGCCCGGAAGGCCAAUGGAGCAGAUACGCGCUGCCUGACGCGCUACCGACGCGGACGGGGGCGCGGGGAGAUGUCAUUGCUUUACCCGGGAAAAGGACGGUGGUGUUUGCGCUGCCGGGGAAUCGAGACGACAAACUGACGCUCGUGGGCGCUGGGCUGCCUCCGGAUGCGACGACGGGCGUGGAAUACCGUUGCUUGUGGCAAGGGGAUGGCUUCUCCGGGGAACCGCAGCUCGAGACAUUUGUUUCGGGGUCGAGGCAGAUGAUUUCGAUAUUCACGCGAACCGAAGAGAAGGAAAGAAAGGUUGUGGUGUUGGACUUCGCGCUGGAUGAUCAUGGCCUCUGA